AUGGAGCAGAUCUACAAUAGUUAUGACUCUGAUGGACAUAUUGGUCGUGAGAUAGAUGAACUUAUAAGCAGAAGUUGUUUAGAUGCCUCAGAAUCCAGAAAUGACACUCCAGAGAGACGAUAUAGAUAUGAUUUUUCAUCACAAUCUUCUCUGGAAAGUGAUACUGAUGAUGAAGAACUAAAAGUUGCUGAAGAGAGAAAGGAAACCACUGCUGAGUCACACCAACGUAUAAUCAAUGAAAUACUCAACUCCUUCCCUCAUAUUGAGGAUUUAAGAACUAAAGAACAGAAAGAGGGAGAAAAGAAGAAAAAGGAAAAAUCUUUCGAGAAGAUGGAGAAAUGCCAUACAGAAGAACAUAAGGACAUAGUAGAGGUAGAAAAUGAAGCCCUGAAUUGCACAAUUUGAUUGUCCAGUGAUCCACAAACCUUAAUGAUCUGAAGAUUCUGAGGAAAUAAUGCAUGCAAUCCAUGUUGGGAAAGAGUUUUCAAACAAAGGUCAAAAUGCUUUUUCUGAAGAAGGAGGAUCCAUAAACAAGAUUUAGUCAAAAAUCUUAUGGCAGAACAGAUCAGACGUCAACAGCAAAUUCUUGACUCUAGAAAUGACAAUAAACUUACCAAGAAAUGUCCGGACCACGAUAAGCCUGGCAAGCUGUUCUGAGAUACCUGUUCAUGCUUCUUCUGCUUACAGUGCAUCAAAGAGUCUAUACACUCUGGCCAUGAAGUCUUAGAUGUUGAAGAAAACCCUGAGAUCAAAGCCAAAAUACUAGAGUCCAAUAAGUAUUGAAAGGAGCUAGAAAAAGGAAGAAACCUGCUUCAAGCAUCAAUAAAGGAGCAUUCUAAGUUUAUAGAUAUCGGUCAGAGCGACCUGGAUAUUUAUGUCACAAAGCUCAAAGACAAAAUCUUCAAAAGAAUUGAUGGAGAUACAAGAAAUCUGAGAGAGGCAUUUUUAUUUGAAAAAUCACUCAAUACCCAAGCUCAAGCUGAGUUGGACAAAUUUGAUGAUCUUAUUAAAAAUCUGGAAACACUCAGCCUCAGGACCAUUGAUAUGGAGAAGCUUAAAACAAGUAUUAACAAGCAAGUUAAAAAAGAUGAAACUCCAAAUGUCAAAGCUUUGAUAAACACUAAAGAUUUGAAAUUAUGAAAGAACUCGAUCCGGGAAAGAUACUUACUAGGAUGCGACUCCACAAACCACACAAAGUUCUCAGAAUACAUGAAGAAAACUUUGAAAGAAGGCAUCCGCCAAUUUGUCUAAAUUCAAUCAAG